AUGUUCAUUUUACAAUCUUCUAAGCCAAGCUAUUGCUCGGACACUUUUGCCUCCAGCUCAUGCCAUACUGAGUUCAAUGGAAAGGCCCUAACAAGACAACCAUCCCUUGGCGGUCUACCUAUGGGCUUACGUCGAAACUCUUCUAAUCUUUCUCAAAUAUCCAACCAGGAUCUGUGUUCUGCUGAUGCCACUCAGAUUGAGAUUGAUUUUCUAUCACUUACUUCCAUUGAAUGCCAUGUGAUAAUCAAAACACCAACUGGAGAAGUCGGAAUUCUCGAGUUCAACGGGAAAGAGGAGUCUAAAGCCUUUUUACCUUCCCAAACAGGAUGUGGUCAUGGCUUAUGGACGUUUUCCGUUUACACCUUAAUGAAUAACAGUAAAGUGCUAAGAAGCACAGAAACAAUGCAAUUGGAUGGUGUAGGAUCGCUUUUCUUCUCUAUUGCUGACGAUUUAGUUCCUCAUUUGAUGUCACAGGAAUUCUUACAUAUGUCAGGAUUAUGUCCUAAGCAUCGUCAUUAA